GACACGUGUACAGGGAAGCCAGGAAGUGUUCCCGGCUGGCUCUAAAGAAAGGGGCACAGGAUCCAGGAACAUGAUAGAAGGAGUCAGCCCGGUGGUGCAGUCCCUCCUGGGGACCCUGUUUACAUGGGGGAUGACGGCAGCAGGGGCGGCUUUGGUGUUUGUCUUCUCCACUGGCCAGAGACGGAUCCUGGAUGGGAGUCUGGGCUUUGCAGCUGGGGUGAUGCUGGCGGCUUCGUACUGGUCUCUUCUGGCCCCUGCUUUAGAGAUGGCCGAGAUGUCUGGACAGUACGGCUCCUUCGCCUUCCUUCCAGCCGCCGUCGGGUUUGCCGUCGGAGCCGGCUUUGUUUACUUGGCAGACAAGAUCCUUCCAGCUCUGGGCGUGGUGGAUGAUCCAUAUGCCAUUGCAACCCAGAACCACGACGCUAGACCCGUCAAGGAGAAGGAUGAGGAUUUGAGCUACGAGGACCGGGAGCUGAGCAUCCGGAUAGAUAAAAUUGAAAACGGGGAUGUGCACCAGAGGAAGAGAGGAGCUCAGACCGUCUCGGGUGAAGAGUCCUCCAUGCUGAACCCCAAGGAGCCCAGGCAGAAGUCGGGGAGCAGCUGGAGAAGGAUCAUGCUGCUGAUACUCGCCAUCACCAUCCAUAACAUCCCAGAGGGGCUGGCCGUCGGAGUGGGUUUUGGUGCCAUCGGAAAGACCGCGUCGGCCACGUUUGACAAUGCAAGGAAUUUGGCAAUUGGAAUAGGGAUCCAGAAUUUCCCAGAAGGCCUUGCAGUGAGCCUGCCAUUGCGCGGAGCCGGCAUUUCCACAUGGAAGGCGUUCUGGUACGGCCAGUUGAGCGGGAUGGUGGAACCCAUCGCUGGAGUAUUAGGAGCUUUUGCAAUUUCUCUGGCAGAGCCGCUGCUGCCCUACGCUUUGGCGUUUGCAGCUGGAGCCAUGAUAUACGUUGUGAUAGACGAUAUUAUUCCCGAAGCACAGACCAGCGGCAACGGAAAGCUGGCUUCCUGGACUUGCAUAGUGGGCUUUAUAGUAAUGAUGUCUUUGGAUGUUGGGCUGAGCUAACCGAUCUCUACCGGGAACCCGAGACGUGAUCCAAAAAGCGCUGGGCGCUUGGGGGUCCAAGAAGAAGAAA